GAAGUUACAUUCGUUUUGUUUGGGGUGGGGGAGGAUUCAACAACCUGUACAUUUAUUUUCAAAAGACCCCUCCCUAAAUAUAUAAUUUCCUUAUUCGCCUCUUUGUAAUAACGUUACAAACACUUUUAUUUUGAAAACCGUUCCCGGAAGUGUAACCAUCACUAUGGCCGACUUUACCCUGCUGUGUCAGUCACCAUGGUGGCAUACAACAGAGCACAGUGGCGGCGGACCUAUCCCCACUUUUAGACCCAUUACAAUGUUAAUAUAGUGGGUUUUUCCUUUUUGACCGGUGAGUGUACUCGGGUCUGCCUCUCCCGAUGGCCGCCAGGUUGCUGUUGACGGGAUAACUGUUAGCGUACUCUCUUUUUGAGUGUGUAAUUGUUUGUCUGCUGGAUCCCGUGUGUGCAAUUUCUUUUUCGUCGCUAGCAGAAUGCUGAAGAGACGAGGAAUGUCUUUGAAGAGCGUCGGCUUGAAUAGAGGCACCUUUUCUGUUUCACGCUGAGAAAAGAACAACCUCCAAAAUAAAAAGAGAGAGAGAGAGGGAGGAAGAGUCUGAGCCGAGCUUUUUUUAAAACAAGUUUUCCCCUCUUUACCCCGGGGCGAGGGGCUGCUGUCGGCGGGGGCAGAAAACACAAGACGCCCCGAAGAAGACCGCUCCGCUGCCUGGCUCCGGUUCGUGGCCUGGCUCCGGCGGGCACUCCCCAGCUUCGGACCCACGGGCGACAAGAAUACAGCGAAGGGAGACGGGUGGUGGUGGGGGUGGGGGGGAAGACUUCUUUUGUUUGUAUCCGUGGCGCUGGAUAUUUCUAAACACUGAUUCGGGACGAGGAAUCCAAACAUCCUGCAGACGGCGUCCCCUCCAAAACAAUGGCGUCUUACGUGGAUAACAGCUUUCGGCAGGCUGUGAUGAUGGACCCGGCUGAGAGGAAGCAACAGGACCUGGAGAUCGUGUACUCGUACCUCCACGGCAUGGAGGCGCUGUCCAACCUGCGAGAGCACCAGCUCAGGAUGAUGUGCGAGACGGUUCGUUAUGAGAGACACGAGGCCAACGAAGUGCUGUACUACCCCGACGACGUCGGCAGCUGCUGGUACAUCCUGUUGUCCGGCUCCGUCUUCAUCAAGGAGUCCAUGUUCCUGCCCAGAAGCAGUUUCGGGAAGCGGUCCGCCGGCAGCCUGCGACGUGGAUGCGAGUGCAUCGUCCUGGAACCCUCGGAGAUGAUUGUGGUGGACUAUAUGGAUGAAAAUGAGGAGUACUUCCAGCGGCAAGCCUCGCACAGACAGUCCCGCCGGCGCUUUCGCAAGAUCAACCAGAAAGGGGAGCGGCAGACGAUCAUCGACACCGUGGAUCCGUACCCCACCGGGAAGCCGCCCAUAGACCGGGGAUACCACACGCUCCCCGCAGACUUCAGCAGACUUCACCUGGCCGACGGCUUGCACCCACAGGUGACCCACGUCUCCUCCAGCCACUCAGGAUGUAGUAUCACCAGCGACUCUGGAAGCAGCAGCCUGUCAGACAUUUAUCAGGCCACAGAAAACGAACCCGGCGACAUGGACCUGAGCGGCUUGCCGGAGACCGCCGUCGACUCCGAGGAGGACGACGACGAGGAGGACAUGGAGCGAGCGUCCGACCCCCUCAUGAGCCGGGACAUCGUGCGCGACUGCCUGGAGAAGGACCCCAUGGACCGGACCGACGAUGACAUAGAGCAACUACUGGAGUUCAUGCAUCAGCUGCCGGCGUUCGCCAACAUGACGAUGUCAGUGAGGAGGGAACUCUGCGCCGUCAUGGUCUUCGCCGUGGUGGAGCGCGCCGGCACCAUCGUCCUCAACGACGGCGAGGAGCUGGACUCGUGGUCCGUGAUCCUGAACGGCUCGGUGGAGGUGACGUACCCCGACGGCCGGGCAGAGAUCCUGUGCAUGGGGAACAGUUUCGGGGUGUCGCCGACCAUGGAGAAGGAAUACAUGAAGGGCGUGAUGAAGACGAAGGUGGACGACUGCCAGUUCGUGUGCAUCGCCCAGCAGGACUACUGCUGCAUCCUCAACCAGGUGGAGAAGAACAUGCAGAAGGUGGAGGAGGAGGGGGAGAUCGUCAUGGUGAAGGAACACCGCGAGCUGGACCGCACCGGCACCAGGAAGGGACACAUCGUCAUCAAGGGCACACCGGAGCGGCUCACCAUGCACCUGGUGGAGGAGCACUCGGUGGUGGACCCCACCUACAUCGAGGACUUCCUGUUGACCUACAGGACCUUCCUCUCCAGCCCCAUGGUCGUGGGCAAGAAGCUCCUGGAGUGGUUCCACGACCCCAGCCUCAGGGACAAGGUUACACGGGUGGUCUUGCUGUGGGUAAACAAUCACUUCAACGACUUUGAAGGCGACGGCCCCAUGACGAACUUCCUGGAGGAGUUUGAAAGCAACCUGGAGAGAGAAAAAAUGUGCGGCCACCUCAGACUGUUGAACAUAGCGUGCGCCGCUAAAGCCAAGCCGCGGCUGGUGACGCUGACCAAGCCGUCCAGGGACUCCCCGCUGGCCUUCAGCCUCCUCGGGGGCCAGGAGAAAGGGUUCCGCAUCUUCCUCGACGCCGUGGAGCCCGGGAGCAAGGCGGCGGAAGUCGGCCUCAAGCGCGGCGAUCAGAUCUUGGAGGUCAACGGGCAAAACUUUGAGAACGUCCAGCUCAUCAAAGCCAACGAGAUUCUGAAGAACAACACCCACUUGUCCAUAACUGUGAAAACAAACCUUUUAGUGUUCAAGGAGCUGCUGACCAGGCCGGACCACGACGCGGACGGCGAGGAGGAGCACGACCGGAAGAACGGCGCGCCCCACCUCCCGAAGAUCGGCGACAUCAAGAAGGCCAGCCGCUACUCCAUCCCCGACCUGGCGGUGGACGUGGAGCAGGUGAUGGGCCUGGAGAAGGUCAGCAAGAAGGCCAAGAGCAACUCGGUGGGAGGACGCAACAAGCUGAAGAAGAUCUUCGACAAGACGCUCACCAGCAUCCUGCCGCCCAAACCCUACAAUGACGUUUGCGUGGGCCAAUCGCAGGACGACAGCAUCGUGGGGAUGAAGCAGUCCAAGCAGAUCGCCCCGGCGCUGCCCGUCAGCGGCAACCUGUCGUCGUCGAACCCCGACCUGCUGCAGUCUCACCACCGCAUCCUCGACUUCAACAACCAGCCUGCCCCGGUCACACCGAAAAUGUCGGACCAGGUGCUACGAGUCUUUAAGGCGGACCAGCAGUCCCGGUACAUCAUGAUCGGGAAGGACACGACGGCGAAGGAGGUGGUGGCCCAGGCCAUCAGGGAGUUCGCCCUGACGGCGGCGCCGGAGGCGCAUUCUCUGUGCGAGGUGUCCGUCACCCCGGAGGGCGUCAUCAAGCAGAGGCGGCUACCGGACCAGCUGUCGAAGCUAGCCGACAGGAUCCAGCUGAGUGGCAGAUACUACCUGAAGAGCAACAUGGAGACGGAGACGCUGUGCUCCGACGACGACGCCCAGGACCUCCUGCGGGAGGGCCAGAUCUCCCUGCUGCAGCUCAGCACCGUGGAGGUGGCCACGCAGCUCUCCAUGCGCGCCUUCGAGCUGUUCUGCGCCAUCGAGCCCACCGAGUACAUCGACGACCUCUUCAAGCUGCGCUCCAAGACGGGCUCCUUCAGCCUGAAGCGCUUCGAGGAGGCCAUCAACCACGAGACCUUCUGGGUGGCCACGGAGGUGCUGCGCGAGCCCAACCAGAUCAAGCGCAUGAAGACCAUCAAGCACUUCAUCAAGAUCGCCCUGCACUGCCGCGAGUGCAAGAACUUCAACUCCAUGUUCGCCAUCAUCAGUGGUCUGAACCUGGCUCCGAUCUCCAGACUGAGGGGAACGUGGGAGAAGCUACCCAGCAAGUACGAGAAGCUGUUCGUGGACCUGCAGGACCUCUUCGACCCCUCCAGGAACAUGGCCAAGUACAGGAAUGUGCUCAACAACCAGAACCUGCAGCCGCCGAUCAUCCCCCUGUUCCCCGUCAUCAAGAAGGACCUCACCUUCCUCCAUGAAGGCAACGACUCCAAAGUGGACGGCCUGGUGAACUUUGAGAAGCUGCGGAUGAUUGCCAAAGAGAUUCGCCACGUGGGUCGCAUGGCGUCCGUCAACAUGGACCCGGCCCUCAUGUUCCGGACCCGGAAGAAGAAAUGGAGGAGUUUAGGGUCGCUGAGCCAGGGCAGCGCCAACGCGGCGGUGCUCGACGUCACGGGCACCGGCGGCCACAAGAAGCGCGUGCGCCGCAGCUCCUUCCUGAACGCCAAGAAGCUCUACGAGGACGCCCAGAUGGCCCGCAAGGUCAAGCAGUACCUGUCCAACCUCAGCCUGGAGACCAACGAGGAGAGUCUGCAGACGCUCUCCGUGCAGUGCGAGCCCUCCAUCAGCACACUGCCCAAGAAUGCCGGUGGGAAGCGACCCGACACCUCCCCGGUGGUGUCCAGAGCGGCCAGCCAACAGAGGGGCCAGCUGGCCAAGGGGAGCCAGGCCCUCCAGGUCCCGGCCGUGGCCCUCUACCCAUCCCGGAAGAAAGUGCCCGUCAAAGAUCUUCCCCCAUUCGGCACCAGUUCCCCUCAUUCUCUGAAGAAGAUCCUGUCUCUGUCGGAGGAGGGGAACGAGCGGCACCGCCGGCCGCCAGAGGACACCGUGUCCAACGCCUCCUCCCAGCUCUCCUCCCCUCCCAUCUCCCCACAGAGCUCACCCAAGAAGGGUUACAACCGGGUGGGUGACGCCUACUCGGACUCCGGUCACAGUGAGAUCUCCUCCCGCUCCAGCCUGGUCAGUAACUCCUCCUUCGACAUGGCCCAGGACGAGAGGAGACUCCGUCACUCCGGAGGAGUCGGGGAGUCGCACAGCGGCGGCCAGCGGCUGGAGCGAAGAGCCGCCACCGACCCCGACCAGUACAGCCUCGGGUCGUAUUCGUCGAUGCAGGACUGCCGGGGCAUCUACUCCGGCUGCCCGCCGGUGCUCUCCUCGCCCAGCUCCGAGGAGCUGACUCAGGAUCAGGGCGACCGCGUUUCACUGGACGCCGCAGACAGCGGCCGCGGCUCCUGGACUUCCUGCUCCUCCGGCUCCCACGACAACAUCCAGACCAUGCAGCAGGGCCGCAGCUGGGAGACUCUGGCUUUCGGCGGAGGAGGAGGUGGAGGAGGUGGAGGAGGAGGCGGCAUCGGGGGACUCCCACCCAGCGGACAGGAGGCCUUAAUAGGGGGACACGCCGCACUGUGGGCGGCCCAGGCCAGGGGGAGCUGGGCGUCGGCCAGCUCCUCCUCCUCCUCGGCGGCGUACUGGGGAGAGGACUCUGAGGGCGACACGGGCACCAUCAAGAGGAGAGGCGGGAAGGACGUCAGCGCCGACCCGGAGACGAGCAGCAUCACCUCCACCGGGUCGGAGGAGGCCAAGCAGCUCGGCCGGCCCGCCCCGUCGCCCAUCACCACCGGGGGCAAAGGCGUCCUCACGCGGAAAGAGAGCCGCUACCGCGAGCCCCCCCCGACCCCCCCCGGCUACACCGCCCUGACCAUCUCCGGCCUGGCCGAGGGGCAGCACCCGGCGCCGUGCGUUCCCGCGGCGAUCGCCACGGCGGCGGCGCCCCCCCCACACACCGGCCGCCGGCCGCCGGACUACACCACGGCGCUGCAGCGCUCGCGCAUGGUCACCCAGUCGCCCGACUCCCUCCGGGCCCACCAGGGGGCCAAGCAGCGGGCCGGCGGCCUCCACCGCACGCGCUCGCCGGCCGACGAGCGAGAGGCCGAGGAGGAAGAGGAGGAGGAUGAACAGGUGUCGGCGGUCUGAGGGCCACCAGUGGACGUCCCUUUGCAGUGGCUUGAAGUCCCCCCCCCCCCCUGGUUUUGGGGGUGGUGUGUGCAGGAUUUAAAGAUCCUGACCGACCGAUGGACUCUUCAUCGGUCACGUACGUGCCUGCCUCCUCCUCCUCCUCCACUCGGCGCUCCCUCUCCCCGAUUGGUGGAUCCUCAUCUGCCCGUCAUUCCCCCCCCCCCCCCCCUGCCUUAAAGCAUCAACGGGGGUUCAAUGACCCUGCAUGCAAAAAAUAUAUAAAAAAAUACUGUGAAGAAGAGAUGGAGAGAAGGUAAAAAGACGAUGGCUCCAUGUCUGGCACUUUGGGGAGGGGGGGGGGGACUACACAACUGGAACUGGUGCGGGGGGGGGGGCUGGCCAUAUACACACAAAACCACAUAGACGUUGUCUUUAGAGAAGCGAUCGGCCCCGCCCUCUGGUAACACCCCCCCCCCCCCUCCAUCGUGAAGCGUCGAUCUCCAUCCGCACUUUUCUCAUUUCCUACAGUCGAUCGCCGGCGGACGAUCGACUCGACUCUCUGAACAUUUCCAACUUCCCACUAGAUUUCAUUUCUUUAUUAGUAUUUGUUGUUGUUGUUCUGGCUGAUUGCACUCUGUGGGCCGAGAGAGAGAAAGUGUGUGUGUGUGUCCCCCCCACUUCUCCUCCUCCACCUGGACUGAAACACCACCCGUCUGCCAAACUCUGAAUCCAGUAUUAUCUCGUGUUCCAAUGGCGGGAGAGGACCGACGCGCUGACGGAGCGACACGACUACGUUGUGUGUCGCUACACACACACAAAACACACACGAUUCAUUUCUGAAGAAUAUCGAGAAGGAGAAAGAAAGAAAGAAGGAAAGCCCAGAGGUGACCGGACCGCCUGUCGGACUCCCGAGGAAACGGAAGUGGACCCUCGAGGUUUUUUUUGAAAGCCGGUGUCGGCUGAAGUUCAAACUGAUUAUGAUAUUGAAUAAAGAAAAGCUGCCAACGUGUGAACGGUCAACGCAGCUCUUCAACUAUUUACACUCUUUACAGACGAUCUUGUACCGAGUCUCAUAACGACACACACGUACCCCCCCCCCCUUUCAAGAUUUUAAAAAAAAAGGACUCGACAAAUUACACAUCUGGCUUCUUCUUUUUCUUUAUUUGUCUUUCUUCCGCCACACGUUGGUUGUGAGCGUCCGAAGCGCCUUACGAAGCCGCCGCCGCGUCCGCACGUCUCUGCGCGGUCGUCGUUGCCCGUCGCCGGUCGUCUCGACUCGAGCACCGGCGGAGUGACAUGCCUUAUUCAAGAUACUCCCAACCGCACCCCCGCCCCGGAUGCUUUUUUAAAUACGUGAAGACUCGGUACAAGACGAAGCCGUUUGUGCUCCUCAGAAAACUCCCGGUCCAGACAUCAGCUCCGCGGAUGACCCCCCCCCCACACACACACACACACACACACACACCCUCCCCCUCUCCCUCUAUCUGGCUUUUCCCCCGCUCUAUAUCUUACCAUCAAUUGAAGACUGAAGAUUUCUGUUUCUUUUCUCUUUUUUUUUGUGUGGGUACUCCGGUGGGGAAGUUGACAUGUGAAGAAAAUUAUUAUUAUUAUUUUUUUCCAUAUUUUUUUUUCAAAGGCUGCCAAUCAACGAAUUUGUUUUUGUUUUUGAAAUCCUAAUUGUGAAAAGUGACUUUAGUUUGAGUUUUCUUCCAUCGCCAAGUCGCACUGAUCACAUUGAUCAGUCCGGGGAACGACCGACGGGGGGAGCGGCGGAUGAGCGCAGAGUCCCACUGUGGUCUGUGACUAUACACUCAUGAAUUCCUGGGUUUCUUUUCGUUCUUGUAAUUUAGUUUUUUUUGUUGUAACGGCUGCAGAUGGAUUGUUGAUAACUCGUUUGUGAUACAGUGGUGCAUCAUUCACUUUUCAUUCAACUCUGAAGAUAAUGUGCAUAUUAGCGGGCCCGAGUCCUAUUUCGAAAAACAAAAAGUUGCACAAAAAUUGUACAAGCGUAAAGAUAAGUGUGGUCGGUAGAACUGCUACUCCGUUUGAUGUGUGAUGUCAGUGAGAAAUGUACAUUUAGCUGGUGAUGACCUUCGUUCCUUCAUUCUUUCUGGGACUGCUCCGACCUGUACGUCUUUUACAAAGACAAUCGGUGGAGUACGUGUCAGUUGUUUUUUGUAUUUUUAAUACAAUAAUUGUAAAUAUUGGUUAUAUUUUUGUUCAAAUGUACUAUGUUUAUGCCUCAACAUCCAGUUUAUACGAAGCUGGGAAUCAAUAAAUACUGCAUAAAGAAUCAACACAUAGGUUUAAAUGCACUUAUUCAUUUCGAUGUUUUUCUUUUCCAAUAUUUUUUUCUUCCCUUCAGGCGAUUUUUUUUUUCUCCCCCGAGAUACCGUCUAGUGUUUGCACAAGUCAUGGAAGCAACUUGAAAAGUGUAACUCUCAUACUUUUCUAUCUGACCGCAGUGUGUCAGAAUUAAUAAAAAAGAGAUAUUAAAGUC